UAAGAUUUUUGUUUCCCUCCAAUCAGGCACAAGUAAUGAAGUAAUACUAAAAAACACACAAUUUUAUGUGUCUUAUCCAAACACACCCACCAUAUCAAUUUCAAUCAAAAUCACUCUAAAAAAUCAUCAAAAUUCCCUAACUACAACAACACCACCACCCACCAAACACUGCUUCACCUUACUCUCUUCUCUUCUUCAAAACUUUAACCCCAAAAAACCCUAAAAACCUAAACAUGGAACUUGGUUCUUUAUACGACAGAUGCAUUUGCUCUCCGAUUCGCUCUUCCUCUCCCAUUCGACCUCUCUUGGUUCAUUCCACCGUAUCAAUUUCACUUCGGAAGUAUCCUACUCUUCCCGCUACUACUUCUUCUUCUCCGUCAUUUUUUCGCCGGAGAAAUCUCUGUUUUGCGUCUAAUUCGGAUACGUUGGUCGCCGGGUCGCGGAAGGAGGAGGACGGGAAGUAUCGUGAUGUUGCCAGCAAGAAAGAGGAUGAGGAGGAUUUGAAGUCUUGGAUGCACAAGAAUGGCCUUCCUCCUUGUAAGGUUGUGCUUAAAGAUAGGCCUUCCCUUAAUGAGAAGCAUAAACCUAUUCACUACGUUGCUGCUAGUGAAGAUCUUCAGGUUGGGGAUAUAGCAUUUUCUGUGCCCAAUUCCCUAGUCGUAACGCUUGAGAGAGUAUUGGGGAACGAGACAAUUGCGGAAUUGUUAACUACGAAUAAAUUGUCGGAGCUGGCAUGCUUGGCUUUGUAUUUGAUGUAUGAAAAGAAGCAAGGAAAAAAGUCUUUUUGGUUCCCUUAUAUAAGAGAGCUUGAUCGUCAGCGAGGGAGGGGACAGUUGGCUGUGGAAUCUCCUCUUUUGUGGUCAAAAGAUGAACUUGAUUACUUGACAGGCAGUCCCACUAAGGCUGAAGUUCUUGCAAGGGCUGAAGGAAUUAAAAGAGAAUAUGACGAGCUUGACACUGUGUGGUUUAUGGCUGGGUCUCUUUUUCAGCAAUACCCAUAUGAUAUUCCUACUGAAGCCUUCUCUUUUGAAAUUUUCAAACAAGCUUUUGUUGCCGUGCAGUCAUGUGUUGUGCAUUUGCAGAAAGUCAGCUUGGCUCGUAGGUUUGCUUUGGUCCCUCUUGGACCCCCAUUAUUAGCUUACAGCAGCAAUUGCAAAGCAAUGUUAACAGCUGUUGAUGGUGCAGUUCAACUGGUGGUUGAUCGUCCAUAUAAGGCUGGAGAAUCUAUUGCUGUUUGGUGUGGGCCACAGCCUAACUCAAAAUUGCUUAUAAACUAUGGAUUUGUUGAUGAAGAUAAUCCUUAUGACCGGUUGGUGAUUGAGGCGGCUUUGAAUACGGAGGAUCCUCAGUAUCAAGAUAAAAGAAUGGUUGCUCAGAGGAAUGGAAAAUUAUCUGUGCAAGUUUUUCAUGUAUAUGCUGGUAAGGAAAGGGAAGCUAUACUGGAUUUGCUUCCAUAUAUUCGAUUGGGCUAUUUAUCAGAACCUUCAGAGAUGCAAUCUGUUAUCUCUUCUCAGGGUCCAGUUUGUCCAACAAGCCCUUGUAUGGAACGAGCUGUGUUGGACCAGCUUGCUGAUUAUUUUAGGACUCGCCUGGAUGGCUAUCCAUCAACUUUGAAAGAAGACGAGACUUUGUUAGCAGAUGGUAAUUUGAAUCCUAGAAAGCAAGUUGCUACACGUCUUAUCAUAUCGGAAAAGAAAAUGCUUCAUGCAUGCCUGCAAGCAACCAUUGACUAUAUAAACCAGUUACCAGACCAUUCCGUAUCUCCCUGCCCAGCUCCUUAUGCCCCUUUAUUAAAAUAAAGGUAAUGUAUCGGACUUGCCUUUAGUAACAAUGCACGAGUAUCAUAGACAUGCAAAUGUUUUUUUUUUCUCUUGUUUCUGUUCAUUUUGGUUCAGGGUUCUCUUUGCAGAGAUCACAUUUUCUUUCAAAAGCUUGGAAGUUCUUAAGCACUUGAGCCAGUUGAUACAGGUUACAGGGUUAACGGGAUUUGUUUCUUAAAAAUUUCAGGAGCUGUGAAGUAAAGCUAUAAAUAACUUGUAUCUGUUUAUAGGACAACGGAUUGACUGGGCAUGGAUUAUGAAUAACAAGGUUCACAUUUACAAAAUAGUUGUGUCUACAUUUUGAAUUUACAGUAUAAUUAUGAAUUGUGUUUUUAUACGUUCACAGAUUCUCAUUAUUGUUUUCCAACAAAGUGUUUUUGGCAGAUCCUAAACAUGCACAAUCUUAUUAUUUUGCAGGUAGAGACACAAAAAAAUCUAGCAGCCAGUUGGAUUAUCAAGAACUUGAGAGAAAUCAGCCAUUACGUGAUCAUGGGUGCUUGUGUGGAUAACAAAUCGAUCACACAUUCCACCCUUAACUCCAUUCUCCAAGCCCCAUUGAUUUGACUGGCAUUCUGUGAGUCCUCCAAUCUCACCAUUUACGUAUCAAGGAUAUUUAAUAGUUCUGUUCACUAUAAAAAUCUUGUUCUAUUUUUGUAAAUGUAAAACAAAAUAAUUAGUGCUAAUUCAAUUGUAUUCAUUUACUUCUGUGUACAUCUUUGGUUUUCCCUUUGGAUUUGGCCAUGCUCUUUUUCUUUUGAGUAUUGCCAGUAAAGAAUUUGAUUUUGAUUUGCAGCCUCA